AUGAUAUCCUCAACGUUGGUAUACUUAAUAUUUUUCAUCGGAAUUUCUUAUGAAUUGACCAAUGGUGUGGGUAGAACACCUCAAAUGGGAUGGAAUAGUUGGAAUCAUUUUAAACAUAAUGUUAGUGAAAAAAUAGUCCGACAAACUGCAGAUGCUAUGGUAGCCACAGGUCUUGCAGCUGCUGGAUAUCAAUAUGUGAAUCUGGAUGAUUAUUGGCAAUUGACUCGAGAUAGUCAAGGUAUUAUUCAUCCUGAUCCUCAAGCUUUUCCAAGUGGAAUACCAGCUCUUGCUGAUUAUGUUCAUUCAAGAAAACUUAAAUUUGGUCUUUAUUCAGAUGCUGGAUUUAUGACAUGUGCUAAACGACCUGGUUCACUUGAUUAUGAAACAAUAGAUGCUAAUACAUACGCAUCUUGGAAUGUUGAUUAUUUGAAAUAUGACAACUGUAAUACAGAUGGAAAUAUUCCUGAAGUUCGAUAUCCAGUCAUGCGAGAUGCUUUAAAUGCUAGUGGACGACCUAUCUUCUUUUCUAUAUGUGAAUGGGGUGUUGAUACACCUGCAUUAUGGGCAGCUAAUGUUGGAAAUAGUUGGCGAGCAACAGGUGAUAUUCGAGAUAAUUGGGAUUAUAUGAUGUUUAAUAUUGAUAUUAACAAUAACUUUGCUGAUAAAGCUGGACCUGCCGGAUGGAAUGAUCCUGAUAUGCUUGAAAUUGGAAAUGGUGGUAUGACUGAUGCUGAAUAUGUUACACACUUUUCUCUUUGGGCUAUUAGUAAAGCACCUUUACUUAUCGGAUGUGAUGUAACUAAUAUGAGUGCAGCUACUUUAUCUACUCUAACUAAUCCUGAAGUAAUUGCUGUUAAUCAAGAUCCAUUAGGUGUACAAGGAAAAAAAGUUGCUUUUGCAUCAUCACAAUUCCAUAAUGUAUCAACUGAGAUCGUUGUUGAAAAUUGUUCAACAUCAUCAAAAAUAGAACCAAAACGUCUGCAAUGGACUAGGGGUGUGGGUGUGUGGGCGUGGAUGGGUGUGGGUGUGAGGGUGUGGGUGGGUGUGGGUGUGUGGGCGUGGAUGGGUGUGGGUGUGAGGGUGUGGGUGUGGGAGGGUGGGGGUGUGUGGGUGUGGGUGUAUGGGUGUGCAUGUGGGCGUGAGCCUUCCUUUUCCAAAUCCACACCCACACCCAAUAUCAAGCAAGCACAUAAACAUGUUACGAACGAUGGGAGCAUUAUAAACAAAAACAACGGUAUGUGUCUUAGGCCCCAAUUACGCCAAAAAAUGAAUUAACACUAAAGUUGAAUGAAGUUAUAUGAUAAGUGCAGUAUGAAUUAAAUCACCUUCAAAAGACGACCUAACUCAUAAUGCGCUAAUCACAUUACUUAAUUCAGCUUUAGGUUAAGUCACUUAUUCAGUGUGAUUCUCCAAGUAGACAAAGAGUUGGUAAAACGUAUUUAAACGUAUAAAAAGAAAUCGUGAUUUUUACCUUUUUAACACUUUAAAAGCGAUAAUUUGGUGCUAAAAAUGGCGUUUCUGAUGUUUUAAUAAAUAGGAUGAAUUGUUCCCAAUCGCGGUUCUCUUUUUUAUGUUUAAACAUACGUUCUUCCAAAAUUCUGUCUGCUUUGAUGAGACCUAAAAUAAGAUGUGUACAAUACAGGAAAUGUGUCUUGUUUUUUUGAGACACAUAUGCAUCUAAACAGAUAAAUAUGUCGUUUUAUUAUAUGACUCGACCUAUAUUCACUUAAAUUAGACAACCAUGUAUUUAUAUUUACUUUCUUUCUUGGUUUUAUUAAUUUAUUUUCGUAAGUCAUAUGAACCGUUACUCUUUGUGAUAAAAUUAAAUUAUUUUAAUCUGUAUGGUUGAGAUGGUAAUGCAUUUUUUUCUUUAAUGUAUUAUUUGUUGAGUUAUUAACUUGCUAUUAUAUUUUUAUUCUUAAAUUGAACAGAUAAUAUGCUUGUUAUCGUGCAUAUGAGCAUCAGUCAUGAUUCUACUCAAAAAUUACUUUGAGCGCUUGUUGAGAAUAAAAAGUAGAAUACGUAUUAAACUAACUAUAAAUUCAAUAUUAUGACAUUUUAAACACUUUAUACGAUUUUUUCUCUAUUGAGUUUUAUUUUUGUAGUUUUUUACUCUUAAAUAAUUCUUUAUAUAUAUAUAUGUAUAAAUGAAACAAAAUAUUAUUCUUCAGAUGAUACUAUAAUUGGUGAUAUUAGUUUCAUAGAAAUAUAUUUUAUGAUGUAAGUUUUUCUGAAAAAUGUUUUAACGAAUAAUGCAAAUAUAAUUCAAGUUUAGCAUCUAAAUGUAAAUUUUGAUUAAUAAUUUUGCAGUCUUUUCCAUAAGAGGCAUUACGCUUAAGCCACGCCCGAUGUUGCACAAUCAAUGCCAUCGAUUUGACCGAUGUUUUUACAAUAAGUAGAUCUAACAAAGUUAAGAAGAAAUUGAAAAUUUCAGUUCAAGCAAAUAAAGUAUUCUGGAGAUAUAGACGCUGUAAGUAUGAGCGGCUAGGCUAUAUUUCGAAUGUCUUCCACAGUAAAGGUUUUCAGUAAGUAUUCAUUUUCUAAAAAAACAUUAGAGUUUGAGUUGAGAUUUUUUUUACCAUAAAUGCUAUUGACUAUGAGCUAUCUUUCGAUGGUAAUAAAAAGUUUCUCAUCUCUGAAUAAUUAUUGCCUGGCAUCAUCUACCAUUUUCAGGAAACAUGCUCACUAACAUAAGAUAAGUUAGUCGGAUUAGCGAGAUGGAUUUACUCGAGAAUAAUCUCAUUUAAUAGACCACAUCAAAAUGUAUUUAGUUAUGCACUCAAAAUUGUGAAAAAUCUUUGCCUAGAACAAAUGAUUGUGCUCGAUGUUUUUUAAUAUAUCAUUAGUAUAAAUUCUUACUUUUAGGAAAGUAACUCUAUAUUCUAAUACUCCAUAGAUUUCUCUACAAUCUUUUAUAUAAAAAAUCUUGAAUUACAAUUAUUCGCUAAGAAAAAUUUCUAGUACAUAAAGAUAGCUUUAAAAUCAAAUUUCUAGAAUUCCACGUUGUGUUCUUUUUUCAUUUAAUAACUGAAAUCGUUUCAGUUAAAGAUAUUAAGUUUUAUAGAAAAAGUGUUCUACAUUCUGACAGAGUGUAAAAUUCUGCAUCUUUUAAUUUUUUUUUUACAGAAGGCAAAAGACAUGAAUAGGUACCGAGUUGGAAUUACAUUUCUUGCACUAUGAGACAAAACUAUCAAAAGUCUGUUCAUAUCUAUUAGAUUUUAUUGUUAUUAAUCGAUAUGGCAGUUAAAUAAACAACAGAUUCGGAGUCAAUGCAAAAAAAAGCCACAUUAGAUUUUAUAUUUUAAGCGAAAACAAUUUUUUUACGAAAGAUCGGCCUGCGAUCCAUUCAGCUUAUUCUCUUUCAAAAACAUGUGAGUCGAUGCAGUUUUCUACAAUGAUUCCAAAUAUACUGUUUAUUUUGCUCACAGAUUGUGCUUUAAUGAUUAAAAAUUCGAAAUACAAAUAAAAUUUGAAGAGUUUUAUCAUAUAGUGCAUUAACUGUGGUUCCUACUGAAUAUCCAUGCACGUCUUUUUUUCGUUUUAGAAUUAUAUAUUAAAAGAUGCAGAAUUUCACGCGCUAUCAAAAUAUAUAAUUCAUUUUCUAAAAAUGGAAAUUUAUACUAACAAUAUAUAAAACAAUAUCCAAUGCCAUUUCUUUCUUACUAGAGAAAGUUUUUUCAUAAAAAUGCAAGAUAUUAUAAAAAACAUUUUCCUUACUAAAAUUAAAUAUCACAAAAUUUUGAGAAUAUAAUUCAAUGAAUUUUGAUGUGCUCUUUCAAAUAAGACUGUUCUCGAGUAAAUCCAUCUCACUGAACCGACUAACUUGUUUUAUCGAUAUGAACAUAUUUUCUGAAAAUCUUUACUUUGAAAAGUGUUCGAAAUAUAACUUACUUGCUCAUAUUUACAACGUUUCUAUCUCCAGAAUGCUGUAUUUAUCUGAAAUGAAAUUUUGAAUUUCUUCUUAACUGUGUUAGAUCUAUUUACUAUAAAAACAGCAGCCAAAUCGGUGAUAUUCAUUGCACAACGUUGGGCGUGGCUUAGAUACAAUGUCUCAUGAGAAUAGAAGGUAACAUACAUAACAUUGAUCUGUACAGAUUCGUUCAUUUGAAUCUAAAAGUUUUAGUAUAAUUUAUUGAAAUAUUUAGGAUUAUAUCAAAUAUUUUAGUCUUGUUUAUUCUAUGUAGCAUUGAAUUUUUCAUUUUCUUCGGUUAAUCAUAUAUCAUAUUCGAAAUCAGUUUCAAUUUUCAUGUGACUAUUUUGCACUAUAUUUUUACAUGUAAACACAUUUUUGUAUCAAUGACAAGAUCUUGGUUACAAUAGAACGAACCUGAUACAUGAUGAUAUAGGGGUGUGGGUGUGAAACAAGAAGAUAAUACACAUGUUCAUCCGCAGUAUUUUUUAUUUUAUUGUUAUUUAAAAUUACUUAGCAUUUAAAUGAGAGUCUAUAUCAAUUCACUCAAAUAAAUUUUAUGCAUAAUGUUGCCCUAUUAAAUAAAGAGAAACGAACAUUCUAUCUAUGAGCUGAAUGAAGAGGAAAGUACAUUGGUAUAUUGAGAACAUAGUUGCAUAAAUCAUGUACACUGAUCAAAAAAAGAAAAGAAAAUAGCAAUAUGUUGAUGCAAAUGCAACAGAAAUAUAUUAUAAUAAUGCGAUUGUGAUUUAGCUAUCUCGAGAUGAAAGUCUUCGAAAGAAAUCACCAAAUAAACUGUAGUCGUAAGCAAGGGCGGCGGAACGAUUUUAACUUAGGGGAGGCUCAAAAUUUUUUCCUAGGCAAUGAUGAGAGAUGGAACAAAAAAGGAACUAUUUUCUACUUUUUUUAAUGUUCGCUAUAUUUUAAACGCAUUUUUGGAUUUAUUCAUGUCAAAAUUUGAACCAUAGUGAAAAAUUUUACGGCAACGUUUACUUUUCUAUUGGAUAAUUAGCAUGUACAUAAAAAUCUUACACCUAAUCUAAUGCGAAUAUAGCAAGGCAGAGCUAAAAGCACGUCUCACGACCGAAAAUGAUUUCAUGCUGUUUUUUUUUGAAUGAACCAUUGCAGCUAUUCUUCUAUUCCAUGUAAACUAAUUUUUCUUCAUAUGAAGGAUAUCGAUAUGACUAAAAGUGAUCAGCGAAUAAAAUGUGCCAAAAGUCAUUGUGACUUAUUAAAUGCAUUUCAAUGCACUAUUAUUCAAGCUGAAUCUAAUAUUUUUUAUUUCAAAUGGGAGCCUAGGAACACUUUGUUCUUAAAGAUCAAGUUAAUCAACAACGUAGCAAAAGCAGGAUUUGUAGCUACAAAAAGAAAAACAUUAGGUUUUUUCUAUGUCAAAAACAAUACAGUGCUACUUUCUAUAUCUACUAGAACUUUGUUCGUCAUUGUGCACUUCAGAUCAUUUAGAUCUUUCAGUAUUUCUUGACAGCCAUUUUCUGACACAUUUUGAAAAAGACCAAUAACUGAUGCAUUUUCCCUCGGUAGGUCAUUCGUGCCUCUUCGAAAACCAUUAAGGCCGUAAAAAGUGUGCGUUGGACUAUUUAACAACACAUGUUAUUAUUAAUAUUGGCUUUCGUGCUCCUUUUUCUCGAGAAUAUAUCAGGAUGAGUAUUUGUAAAGUCAUGAGGAUAGAUUUGAAUGAUUUAAAGUUCCUAAUAACGAUUGAAAUUCUAAUAGAUAUCGAAAAAACGCUUCAUAUCGUUUUCCACAUAGAGAAAAACCUCAUUUUAUUCUUUUUUGUAUUCGCAAAUUCCACUUUUGCUACAUUGUUGUUGAAACGGGUCUUUAAUAAUAUAGACAGUCUCUUCUUUCAAAUAAAACAAGUAUUGUGUUAAGCUUCAUUGCUACAGGAGUUACAUGUAUUUUCAAUAGUAAGGGUGCGGGUGUGGGUGUGUGUGGUGUGGGUGGGUGUGGUGUGGGUGCGGGUGGGUGUGGGUGUGGGUGGGUGGGUGUGAGUGUGGGUGUGGGUGUGGGUAAAAGAAAUAACACUCUCACCCACCCACACCCACACCCACACCGACACCCACACCCACACCCACCCCCACACCCACACACCCACACCCAAAUUUGAAAAAACACUAUGCCAUGAAUUAGAUUUAAUAAAGAUCAAUGAAGACUCUAUGAAAUGGAAUCUAUCAUAUAUGAGGAAAAUAAAACUUAUAAAAGUAUGUUUGAAAUAUUUUUUCCAUGUUAAAGUUUAUAAAUAGAUUCUCAUCAAGUCGGACAUCAGUUCAAAUAUCAAUAUCUAGUCGCAUACUUCAUAGAUACGAAAUAUCCUAUCUUAAAAUUUGCCUAUUUAUGUUUUAACUUUCAUGAGACAAUAUGCUAACAUAAAAAAAGCUUAGUUUUGUUUAGUAAGUGAAUUAUAGUGUACAGAAGAUGCAAAUAGUAACCUAGUUUCAAAGGAAAAAAAAUAAGUAAAGUUGUAUUGAACAUAGACUCCUAUCAAAAUAUAUUUAGGCUUGUGCACGCGUUUAAACUCGUAAAAGGAAUAGCGACAACAACAGAAAAACUGGGUGUGGAUGUGGGUGUGGGUGUGGGUGUGGGUGUGGGUGUGGGUGUGGGUGUGGGGAUGGGCGUGUGGGUGGGUGUGGGCAGGGUGCCUUUGACCACGCUCACACGCAACCCAACA